GGAUAAUACACACGUGCUUACGGACUGCCGCGGCGCCUGCGCGGUAACAGCUUGGAGUCGAUGCCCUUAGGACGCCUUUCGCACCUUGACUCCAUAUCUCUGCGCUAGCCCGUUUGUGUUCGGUGUCCUGUGCACACGCCUUGCAAGUGACGGCGCCAUGAGUCUGAAUUCCAACGUACGAGUUGAAUGGAUUGCAGCAGUUACCAUUGCUGCUGGGACAGCUGCAGUUGGUUAUCUAGCUUACAAAAGAUUUUAUGGUAAAGAUCAUCGCAACAAAUCUAUGGUUAACCUUCACAUUCAGAAAGACAACCCCAAGGUCGUACAUGCUUUUGACAUGGAGGAUUUGGGAGAUAAAGCUGUGUACUGCCGUUGUUGGAGGUCCAAAAAGUUCCCAUUCUGUGAUGGAGCUCACAUAAAACACAAUGAAGAAACUGGAGACAACGUGGGACCUCUGAUCAUUAAGAAAAAAUAAACUUAAAUGGACAGUUUUAAUGCUGCAAACCAACUUGUCAUGAUGUUACCUGAUUGUUUAAUUAGAAUGACUACCAGUUCUGUCUAAUUCACCUCUGGGUUCUAGAUGUGGUAUAUUGCAAACUACAGCUUUCAUAUUCAUGGCAUUUGCCUUACUUGUUGAACCAUUGUGGUGCACAUUUGUUUAAACAAAAAGAAAAGGAAAAAGUUAAACCAACCUCAUAGCCUAUGGGUUAUUUUGGUCUUUCUUGUAAGGAUCCGUUUCUUUACAUUCAAUAUAAUUACAUUAGAAUAUAGUUGAAGUUAAUGUAUUAAAUUAUUCUCAAAAUCAUGUAUAUGCAGAUUAUACUUGUAACUUUCAAGAAAAAUUAUCACCUUUUAUUAGUUAACCUAGAAGUAAGUUGAGUGUGAUUAAGCUACAUUAAUCUCUUACUAAAAUCUAGGAAAAAUCUGUUAUGACCUUGAUUUUCUUCUUGGCAGUGGUAAUGACACAAAAUAUGGCUUCUGUGUUUUCCCAGUUUUCAAUCAAAAUGAACUUUGAAUGUUAUUCAGCUUAUUUACAAGCGGGCCAGGUCAAUAAUAAAGGGGCGGUAACUUCUUUGUAUUCAUCUUCAUGAAUAUUUAAUAUAUUUAAUUGAUCCAUUAAAGUAAUCAAUAGUGGAAAUUUAGAUCACAGGGAUAAUAGAUUUAGAGUAGUCAUGAAAGAUGUCUUAAAAUAUAAUGUUCAAGAAUUCUAGUCCAAGGCAUGGCGAGCACUCAAGCUGGGACAAUGAAGGAGUUGGAGCACAUUACAUCAAGUCUGUCUAACGCAAAGCCAUACAUCAUGACAGAAAUAGUAGUCACAAGGCAAGAUCAAAGGCAUGAGAACAUUUUUCUUUCCCACUCUUGAUAAUCAGGCACAUGACUGAAUCUAGUAAAAUUAUUUUGGGGAACAAAAUAAUUUCAUUUUUUAAAUUGAUCUUUUUCUUAAAAGCAAAAAUUUGAAAACAAGUAUUUAUGUUAUACUCUUCAAAGACUCACACCAGAAAUAUUACAUUCAUUACUGAUUCAGAAAGAAAAAUGAAAACUAAAUAGGAACAAUAAAAGAAGACAGGAAUAGUUAACAUUUUUUAAAGCAAGUUUUUUGGAUUUUAUGGGUCAAAAGGAAAAACCAUGACAAUUAUGUAAUAUAGGCAGACAAUUUGACAAAAGUAACAGGUAAACAUUCUUCUCAUUUCUUUUAGUAUAUUUGAAUUCAUAGUAGGUGUCAAUCACUAACUUCAACUUGCUAAAUCCCAGAAUUACCUUGGAAGUCACAGGAAUCAAUGAAACCAAACAUUGGCAAUUCUGUAUUAUGUGAUGUACAGUUUUAUGUAUUGUGGUAGAUAAAGUCGGCACCCAGCUUGUGUAUACUGGUUUUAAGUAGCCCUUGUGACUUGCUUGGAUGUGUCUUCAAAGCACACCUUCAGUACAAAAUUUAAAAUAAUACAUGAUUUUAUCAGAUCCUUAGGGUGAAUUUUUUUCCAUGCCCUUCCUCCUUUUUUAAAAAUACGUAUGAAUGGAUCAGCAAAAGACAGCAUCAUGCUUUUAAAAAAUUAACCAUUUCAAAGAGAAAAUUAUGAACUUCCAAAGUUUCUGAUAAAGGGGCAUUCUUUUACAUUCUUUUACGGUUUAAUAGUUUCAUUAUCAGAGACUCCACUAAACUAAAAUUUUGAAUUUGAAAUUAUUAGUCAUGCAUUUUUUAUAGUUAGUGCCAAUUCUAACUAUAGGGAAAACUAGUGCCAAUUUUCAGAACUAUUUUUCAGAGGUAUAAGAUUAUGUGGGUAUGUGUGUUGUGAAACUGGAAAUGAUCACCUUAACUCAAAUGUGGAUCUACCAUAGGUUUUGAUAGUGUAAAAUAUUUAGAUAAAUUUCUUUUUAGGAUCAUGUUAAAAUUUUAUUAUGUGUUCUUGAACUAGAGUUCCUUUGGAUAUUAAAACUUUCAUGUUACUUAGUUAACCUUAAAAGUAAA